AUAUAUAUUAUCUUGUAUAAAAGAUUUGUAUCUAUCUCUGCAUCUGUCCUCCAAGCUCUCGCAUGUAAUAUUUGUACACAUUCAUUUCAUUUAUGGCUGCGCAUGCGCAUACUAACAUGCGAAUCAAACGAUUGGAUUCUGAUUCUAGAUCAGUCAGGGUCAGGACAGUCGGGAUCUGUCGCGAUCGCGUGGUAGACUUCGUGGACAAAGGCUGAUAAUUGAGAGAAAGUAACGGUGUCGAGAACAUUUCGUAACUUGUCGUGACUCGUAACUUUCGCACAGUCUACGUGCGUUGUCUUUUUUGCUAUCGCGAUUCAUUAGCAAACGCACAAGGCUGAAGAAAGAAUAGUUCGAAGGUGCGUCAAGCAUGCACGAGUUUAACCUCUUAGUUUAGUUGAGACUUUAUUGACGCGAUAUUGUUCACUCGGUUGAAUAUACUCGUGCUGGUUGAAUAUAUUUCGACAAUAAUCGAAUUUCUAUUUCUCUGAUAAUGGCAUUGGUUCAAAAACUGCAGAGACUAUCCAGGUCCUUCCUUGCCCUUGAUUCGAAUUACGCCAAGUGCAUGGUUAAUCAGCUGUCCUCGACGAGAACCGCGUCUACCACGCAACCGUUGUGUAAAAAGAAAGAGGUUAGUAUAACAUUUGUUAAGGCUAAUGGAGAGAGAAUUAAAGCAAACGGAAAAAUAGGAGACAGUAUCUUAGACAUUGUUGUGAAUAAUGAAAUCGAUUUGGAUGGUUACGGUGCUUGCGAAGGAACAUUGACAUGCAGCACGUGUCAUUUAAUUUUCCCUAAAGAUGUUUAUGAUAAUCUUCCAAAGAAACCUGCAGAAGAGGAAAUGGAUAUGUUGGAUUUGGCACAUGAGUUAACAGAUACAUCAAGAUUGGGAUGCCAAAUCAUAAUGACUGCAGAAUUAGAUGGUAUUGAGGUGAGAGUACCAUCUACUAUUAAUGAUGCAAGAAGUUAAUAAAUGUGGUUAUUAACUUUACAGGCCUUAUAACAUUAAAUUGGCUUAAAUGUAAACUUUAUAUUUACAAUUAGUAAAAUUGAAUAUAAUAAGACUUCUUAUGAAGUAAUGAUAAUAAAGUUUAACAUUAUGUAUAUAGCGAUAAAAAGUUGUGUCCAAACUAUCAUAGAUUUUCUUUUGUGCAACUUAAUAUUUUUCU